CAGCUGCCUCUUGACAUGUGAUGCCCUGGAUUUCUAAAUCACCUUGACAAGGCGAGGAACAUUUACAGGCCUGUAGAAUAGAAGCUGGAAGACCCCUGGUAGUCUCGUCUGCUUGGGGGUCGAUCAGGAUGGCAGAAGCUGGUGCCGGAACCUCCGCGGGGGCCAUGUUGAUGACACGUCUGCUGCUCUACGCCGCCCUGCUCUCCCCGGCAGUGCUCGCCUUCAGCCGCGCCCCCAUCCCCAUGGCGGUGGUGCGCAGGGAGCUGUCGUGCGAGAGCUACCCCAUCGAGCUCCGCUGCCCCGGCACCGACGUCAUCAUGAUCGAGAGCGCCAACUACGGCCGCACGGACGACAAGAUCUGCGACGCCGACCCGGCCCAGAUGGACAACACGCGCUGCUACCUGCCCGACGCCUACAAGAUCAUGAGCCAGAGGUGUAAUAAUCGGACCCAGUGUGCUGUGGUUGCCGGUCCAGACGUUUUUCCUGACCCCUGCCCCGGGACCUACAAAUACCUGGAGGUCCAGUAUGAGUGUGUCCCAUACAAAGUGGAACAAAAAGUCUUCCUGUGCCCGGGGCUCCUGCGGGGCGUGUACCAGAGCGAACACCUUUUCGAGUCGGACCACCAGUCCGGGGCCUGGUGCAAGGACCCCCUGCAGUCGUCGGACAAGAUCUACUACAUGCCCUGGACGCCGUACCGCACGGACACGCUCACAGAGUACUCCUCCAAGGAGGACUUCAUCGCGGGGCGGCCCACCACCACGUACAAGCUGCCGCACCGCGUGGACGGCACGGGCUUCGUGGUGUACGACGGCGCGCUGUUCUUCAACAAGGAGCGCACGCGCAACAUCGUCAAGUUCGACCUGCGCACGCGCAUCAAGAGCGGGGAGGCCAUCAUCGCCAGCGCCAACUACCACGACACCUCGCCCUACCGCUGGGGCGGCAAGUCCGACAUCGACCUGGCGGUGGACGAGAACGGGCUGUGGGUCAUCUACGCCACCGAGCAGAACAACGGCCGCAUGGUCAUCAGCCAGCUCAACCCCUACACGCUGCGCAUCGAGGGCACCUGGGAGACGGCCUACGACAAGCGCUCCGCCUCCAACGCCUUCAUGAUCUGCGGCGUGCUGUACGUGGUCAAGACCGUCUACGAGGACGACGACAACGAGGCCACGGGCAACAAGAUCGACUACGUCUACAACACCGACCAGAGCAAGGACGGCUUCGUGGACAUCCCCUUCCCCAACUCCUACCAGUACAUCGCCGCUGUGGAUUACAAUCCCCGGGACAACCUGCUGUACGUCUGGAACAACUACCACGUGGUCAAGUACUCCCUGGAUUUCGGAGCCAUGGACAACAGACUGGAGUCGUCCUCGUCCGUGCAAGUGCGCCUGGACUCCACCACCGCCACGCGGCUGACCACGCGGCCCAACCUCUUCACCACCUCCACCCGAGCGCCCAUGACCUCCACCCCCGGCCAGCGCGCCCGGACCACCACCACCCUGGCGCCGGCGGGGGGCGACAUCCCGGAGCUCACCACCCGGCCGCCGCCCUCCUCCCAGCUGCCCAACAUCGCCGUGGACUACUGCAGCCCGCUGGAGGAGUCUGACGUCUUCUGGCCCAAAACGCACCAGGGUCACGUUGCUAGGCAGCCGUGUCCGGCAGGGACGAUUGGGACCGCUACGUACGCGUGCAUGACCCAGGAAGUCUACUGGGAUCCUCAGGGGCCCGACCUCAGCAACUGCACAUCACCGUGGGUGCACCACAUCAUGCAGAAGCUUAAGCCAGGAGAGACUCCAGCCGCCACCAUCGCUAAGGAGCUUUCAGAACAGACCAAGGGUCACAUCCAUGCGGGGGACAUCACCUACACCGUCAAGGCCAUGGGACAGCUGGUGGACCUGCUGGAUGUGGAGCUGAGAAAUCUCACCCCCGGGGGAAAGGACAGUGCGGCUCGCAGCCUGAACAAGCUGCAGAAGAGGGAGAGAUCUUGCCGCGUAUUUGUCCAGGCCAUGGUGGAGACGGUGAAUAACCUCCUCCAGCCCCAGGCUCAGGCAGCAUGGAGAGACCUGCCCACCAGCGAGCAGCUGAGGGCUGCCACCAUGCUCCUGGACACGGUGGAGGAAGGCGCCUUCGUGCUGGCCGACAACCUGCUCAAGACCGACAUCGUGCAGGAGAAGACCGAUAACAUACAGCUGGAAGUGGCCCGUUUAAGCACGGAUGGAACUCUGGAGGAGCUGGUGUUUCCUCAGGGCGAGGGGCAGGGGAACUCCAUCCGCCUGUCGGAACGCACCCUGCGGCAGCACGGGAAAAAUGGAGAGAUACGGAUCGCGUUCGUUCUGUACAAACACCUGGGAGCCUACCUGUCCACGGAAAACGCCAGCAUGAAGCUGGGGAGCGAAGCCAUGUCCACCAACUACUCCGUCAUCGUCAACUCGCCGGUCAUCACUGCCGCCAUCAACAAGGAGAGCAGCAAGGUCUACCUGUCGGACCCCGUCAAAUUCACCAUCAAGCACCUCCAGCAGUCUGAAGAAAACUUCAACCCAAACUGUUCCUUCUGGAGUUACUCCAAACGGACUAUGAUGGGAUACUGGUCUACCCAGGACUGCCGGUUGCUCGGCACCAACAGGACCCACACUACCUGCUCCUGUACACACCUGACCAACUUCGCAGUCCUAAUGGCCCACGUGGAAGUGAAGAACGCCGACCCGGUCCACAACCUGCUGCUGGACGUGAUCACGUACGUGGGCAUCCUGCUGUCGCUGGUGUGCCUGCUCAUCUGCAUCUUCACCUUCUGCUUCUUCCGCGGGCUGCAGAGCGACCGCAACACCAUCCACAAGAACCUGUGCAUCAGCCUGUUCGUGGCCGAGUCGCUGUUCCUGCUGGGCAUCAACCGCGCCGAUCAGCCGAUCGCCUGCGCCGUCUUCGCGGCCCUGCUGCACUUCUUCUUCCUGGCGGCGUUCACCUGGAUGUUUCUGGAGGGGGUGCAGCUCUACAUCAUGCUGGUGGAGGUGUUCGAGAGCGAGCACUCCCGCAGGAAGUACUUCUACCUGGUGGGCUACGGCGUGCCCGCCCUCAUCGUGGGCGUGUCGGCGGCCGUGGACUAUCAGAGCUACGGCACGGACCGAGUGUGUUGGCUUCGGCUAGACACGUACUUCAUCUGGAGUUUCAUUGGUCCGGCCACCUUGAUCAUCAUGCUCAACGUGAUCUUCCUGGGGAUUGCGCUUUACAAGAUGUUCCAUCACACAGCCAUCUUGAAGCCAGACUCAGGGUGCCUGGACAACAUAAAAUCCUGGGUGAUCGGUGCGAUCGCACUGCUCUGUCUGCUGGGCCUGACCUGGGCGUUUGGGCUGAUGUACAUCAACGAGAGCACAGUCAUCAUGGCUUACCUUUUCACAAUAUUCAACUCACUACAGGGGAUGUUCAUCUUCAUAUUCCACUGCAUUCUGCAGAAGAAGGUGCGUAAGGAGUACGGGAAGUGCCUCCGCACGCACUGCUGCAGUGGGAAGAGUGUGGAGACCUCCAUCACGUCCGGGAAAAGCACUGCCUCACGUACGCCCGGGCGCUACUCCACAGGGUCACAGAGCCGGAUCCGGCGGAUGUGGAACGACACGGUCCGGAAGCAGUCCGAGUCGUCCUUCAUCACGGGGGACAUCAACAGCUCGGCGUCGCUGAACAGAGGAGCCAUGGCUAACCAUCUUAUAACUAAUGCUCUCCUGCGUCCUCAUGGCACUAACAAUCCGUAUAACACAUUGCUUGGGGAAUCGGCGGUCUAUAACAACCCCUCUGUGAGCAUGUACAACACGCAAGCACCCUACAGAGAGACAAAGGGAAUUCUGAACAAUGCCAGGGACUCAAGUGUCAUGGAUACUCUACCACUGAAUGGUAACCACGGCAACAGCUACAGUAUGGCCAGCGGCGAGUACCUGAGCGACUGCGUGCAGAUCAUCGACCGCGGCUACAACCACAAGGAGACCACGCUGGAGAAGAAGAUCCUGAAGGAGCUCACCUCCAACUACAUCCCGUCCUACCUGAACAACCACGAGCGGCCCAGCGAGCAGAACCGCAACCUCAUGAACAAGCUGGUCAACAACGUCGGGGCCUCCAAGGGCGACGAGCCGGUCGCCCUCGACAACCCCACCGCCGCCGCCAACACCAACGCCGCCGCCACCACCACCUUCACGCGCGAGGAGGCCCUGGGGCUGGAGCUGAUCCGGGAGGAGUCCAACGCCCCCCUGCUGCCGCCCCGCGCCCUGCCCUCGGAGAACCACCACCAGCCCCACCACUUCUCCCGGAGGCGGCUCCCGCAGGAGAACAGCGAGAGCUUCUUCCCGCUGCUCACCAGCGAGCAGACGGAGGAGGCCCCGUCUCAGACGCAGUCGCCCCACAGGGACUCGCUCUACACCAGCAUGCCCGCGCUGAGCGGCUCGCCCGACACCCAGGCCGGCAGCCCGCGGGACGAGGGCGAGCUCCCCGCCAGUAAAAGCGCCGAGGCGGACGAUGUGUACUAUAAGAGUAUGCCCAACUUGGGCUCCAGGAACCACAUCCACGAGCUGCACAGCUACUACCAAAUGGGCCGGGGCAGCAGCGACGGGUUUAUAGUCCCUCCCAACAAAGAGGAUUCCUCCCCCGAGGAGCCUCCUCCAGAGCCGUCUCACCUGGUCACUAGCCUAUAGAGGGCCGCCCGUUCCCAUGGUUACUCGUCCUGGUCAACCGUUUGCA